AUGGGUCUGAUUUUGCAUACCCGAAGCAAGAAUAUGCAUCGGAUCACUGCAUCGGCGCCUCUGAACACUCCCCCUCCUACGCGGACGCGCAAAAUCUUAGGAUGCUCGUACCUACUUGGCUUGCUCUACUGCUACCCGCAGCAGAGCUUUCUCGUUCUCAUCGUCCAUCACCCUUCUCAGCUGGAUAGAUGGAAAGAAUGCCAUAGACAUGCGGCUUUUCGAAUCAAGAAGCUUCCAAGCUGCAUAUCUGCUUGCCCACCCCAUCCUCCUUCAUCAGGUACCAGAUAUUACGAGUACCUCCUCUGGCCUCUGACAAGAUCUGGAGCUUACAGGCUUUGGGAAAAGUCGGCCACCCUACCAGCAUCUGGAGAGGACCCAGCACCUCAUACCUUUUCCGGUCUACAAUAUUUUCGAACAGAAGGAACAAGUCAAACAGUAACACCUGCUACUAUUGUCGGUUACCACGGAGUAUCUAUCAACAACUCACCUUCAGACUCUGAACAUAGCCACUGGUCCUUUGGCAAAUACUUCCCUCCCUCUGGCAAAGUACCAACCAGUUCACGCAUGUCAGACCCGUACGACGCCUCGACUUCAGCUCAGCCAGACUGGCAAGGGCAGUAUCCCUAUCUGCCGCAACCCACCGGGUCGGUCUAUACUCAAUCUUCAGAAUCGAACCAUGCCAGCUCGGGAGUAUUCCAGCCACAGCCCGUGGUAGGGAACGGGACUCUUCGGCUGGAAGCCCAGACUGAUAGACAACCGGCGCUGCCAUCUGAUUCACGCCAUAACAUUUAUCGUGUAGGAGCAGAGGACACCACUUAUCCUUCCCGAGCGGCAGAACCAUCAGAGAGAAAGGAUGAAGCGAGAGGCAUGAAGACGGCUUCGCUUCUGCUAGACGAAUCGCUCACGCCUGGUAGAGAUGCUACUAGACUCCCCGCGCCUUCGAACCAUAUCAAUGCAGCAACGGCCAUGUCCAAAAAUUUAGGCAACCCUUCAAAUACGUUUAGACCAGAUGAUCAAUCCAUGGCAGUGCCGAGUGACGAUGCGGAGGAUGCUUUGCUUGAUGAGGACAUGGCGGAGGAAGAAACAGAUUCGCUACUGCAAACUACAGCAGAACGAGUGGCGGCCCGCCGGAAGAUGAAGCGCUUUAGACUUACCCAUCAACAAACGAGAUUCCUAACGAGCGAGUUCGCAAAGCAGCCUCAUCCUGAUGCUGCGCAUCGGGAGCGACUGUCUAGAGAAAUACCCGGAUUGAGCCCUAGACAGGUGCAAGUGUGGUUUCAAAACAGACGUGCGAAGAUUAAAAGGCUCAAUGCCGAUGAUCGUGACCGAAUGAUUAAAAUGAGGGCUGUUCCGGAUGAUUUUGAUAACGUGCAGGCUUUGCACUCACCAUACGGCGCGGUUCAUGGAAUGCCUCUGCCAUUAGCGCAACCAGUUGAUUUUUCGCACGCUCAGUAUUCGAAUGGAUCGAUAAUGAGGCCUCUAAUGGUGGAUGUUCGGCGUGGUCAAGAUGCACCAGAGCAUAUGUCACCAACCGGACUAACCCCAUCGUUUGGCAGUAUCGGAUUUCAUGCUCCGAAUGCAGUGAAUUCGUCUGGAGUAAUGUCACCAAUAUCACCACACACGACUGACCGCUACCCUCCACACGGAAGUGCCGGGCCUCACGGAUCUCUGGAAGCGCAUCGUCAUGCAAUUAGGCCACUUCAAGGCUUUCACGGUCGAGAGUCAACGAGACCAAGGUCUGAAUCGUUACAAUCGUAUUAUAUGUAUUCAGGUCCGAAUGCACACUCCAGUGCAGCUGAUAGACCUCACUUGGUCUAUCAGUCAAAUCAAGUAAACCAUACAUCUAGCAACGCGGGGAGUGUUGAUCGGAGUCCUUACACGACUCAAGGCAAUAACAACGCACAACCAUCGCCGACGGCAUUAAGCUAUCCGAACUAUCAACAGACUCCAGAGAAUGGGUCUCGACUUCGAGCCGCCUCAGCUUCUUUGCCACUAAACACGACAGACCAAUAUCGACCGAUUCACUCUCCUCAGCCAAAUGGCCAUCGAUUAACCGGACCUUCAUCGCAAUAUGGAGCCUCUGCAACAUAUCAGGCCAGCUACGGAGCUGCGCCUUUAACAGCUCCACUGACGCCUUCUCUGGCAGGUCCACUGUCACGAGCGUCGGGUGGCCAACCAAACGCAAGAAGCUAUCAAGAUCAUACAGGAACAACUGAAUUCUCUCAAACUGUGCCGAGCGGCGUGAAUGGCCAAGAUACUCGAACUGAAGCAAGAAGCAUGUAUACCAGUGGAGCAGCUGAUUAUGCAGAUCACCAGCAUCGAGGAAUGGCCAAGGAAACGAAGCCAAGUCUAUACCACAACACCAAUUUCAAAGAUCACAAUUGUGAAGUUACGUGGAUGUCUACAACCAGAAGCAAUAAGAAGGACAGAUCGGUUUUGCGAAAGGGGAGCGAUUAUGAUGCAUUUGCAUUUGAUUUGGCUAGCGGUAGCAUGGAUGAGGUCAACGUUGCCCAUCCCCAUUUAACUUGA